UGUUCUCCCCUUGUCGUUCUUUCUUUUUAUUGUUUGUAAGAAAUUCUUAUUGAUAGCGGGGGAGAGGGUGUGAAGCCUUUGGAGCCAGCUUUGGCCCUCUCCCCUCCCUCAACCAUUGGCGCUUCAAACGCUAUAUCCUAUUUCUUAUUUACCCCAGCUCGUUCUCUUCUCCUCCGUGCCAUUGUGAAGACUCCUGUUUUCUGUCUUCUCCAAGCCCUGCAACGUUCGAAAGCUCGGGCUUCUUUCCGCCCUUUGGCAGCCUUAAAAAUCUUUCGUUAUUCUCCCAUUCCCCGAAAAUUUCAAGUUUCUAUCGUGAAUUUAAUCCCUUUAGCUGUAUCUUUUGCAAAGAUCUGGUUUUCACUUCCACCCUUGGCUCUUUACGCGGUUCUGCUUUUAUUAGAAGGGCUCUCGAGGUCCGAAACCGAAUCGGUUCUUGGUUUUUCGGGGCUUUUGGUUGGGAUUUGUUGGAAAAAUCUGAUCUUGUGGGAAGUUUCUUGUUGGAUCCGUCGGAUUUCUUGCCAACGUGCCUGACUUUUGUGUCGUUUGGGCUCUGGGAGUCGGAAGACCUAGAAAAGAUUGGAUCUUGACUGCUUGUUCUCGGAAAUUUUAAUGGGGAAUUGCUGCGCCGCGCCCGUUGAUCCCUCGAAGAAGAAGGCGAGGAAGAAGAAGGACAAGAAGCCGAACCCGUUCUCCAUAGAUUACAACCGGGGUCCGUCCCAGGGUGGCAAGCUCGUCGUCCUCAAAGAUCCCACCGGCCGGGACAUCGAAAACCGGUACGAGCUCGGCCGGGAGCUGGGCAGGGGGGAGUUCGGCAUCACCUAUCUCUGCACCGAUAAGGAGACAGGGGGGCUCUUUGCUUGCAAGUCCAUCUCCAAGAAGAAGCUGAGGACCGCCGUGGACAUCGAGGAUGUGCGGCGGGAGGUGGAGAUCAUGAGGCAUUUGCCGAGGCAUCCCAAUAUCGUCAGCCUCAAGGACACCUACGAGGAUGAGGACGCCAUCCACCUCGUGAUGGAAUUGUGCGAGGGAGGGGAGCUGUUCGACCGGAUUGUUGCGAGGGGGCACUAUACUGAACGGGCCGCCGCGGUGGUCACCCGGACCAUCGUCGAGGUCGUACAGAUGUGUCACAAGCAUGGAGUGAUGCACCGAGACCUCAAACCUGAGAAUUUCUUGUUUGCUAACAAGAAGGAAACUGCCCCACUCAAGGCAAUCGAUUUUGGGUUGUCUGUAUUUUUCAAACCUGGUGAGUGCUUCAAUGAGAUUGUGGGAAGUCCUUAUUACAUGGCCCCAGAGGUUCUAAAGCGAAAUUAUGGCCCAGAAAUAGAUGUAUGGAGUGCUGGGGUUAUCCUAUACAUUCUUCUUUGUGGUGUACCUCCAUUUUGGGCAGAAACUGAACAAGGUGUUGCUCAGGCAAUUAUCCAUUCUGUGAUAGACUUUAAAAGAGAUCCAUGGCCUAAAGUUUCCAAUAAUGCCAAAGACCUUGUAAGGCAGAUGCUUGAUCCAGAUCCAAAGCGGCGGCUAACUGCUCAACAGGUGCUCGAACAUCCUUGGUUGCAGAAUGCUAAAAAGGCACCAAAUGUUCCUUUAGGUGAAACUGUUCGUGCCAGACUCCAACAGUUCUCUGUAAUGAACAAAUUUAAAAAGAGAGCUCUAAGGGUGGUAGCUGAACAUUUAUCUGUGGAGGAAGUAGCAGACAUAAAGGAAAUGUUUGAGAAGAUGGACGUAAAGGGCAAUGGGAGGAUCACACUGGAAGAGUUGAAAAGUGGUUUUCAUAGACUUGGGCACCAGAUCGCAGAUGCAGAUGUUCAGAUAUUAAUGGAAGCUGCUGAUGUUGAUGGAAAUGGUGCCUUGGACUACGGAGAAUUUGUUGCUGUAUCAAUUCAUGUGAAGAAGAUGGGGAAUGAUGAGCACCUGUGCAAAGCCUUUUCCUACUUUGAUCAGAACAAUAGUGGAUACAUAGAAAUUGAAGAACUCAGGAAUGCCUUAGCUGAUGACUUGGGUCCAAAUCAUGAGGAAGUCAUUAAUGCCAUCAUCUGUGAUGUAGAUACCGACAAGGAUGGGAGAAUCAGUUAUGAGGAGUUUGCAACAAUGAUGAAGGCGGGCACAGAUUGGAGAAAGGCAUCGAGGCAGUAUUCACGGGAGCGGUUCAAUAGCCUCAGCUUGAAGCUGAUGAUGGAUGGAUCUUUGCAGCUGACAAGUGAGGGUAGAUGAAUAUGGAGAAGAUUUAUACUCUUGGAUUCCAAAGUGGGAGUCCUUUUUGUUGAUCUUGCAAUAUUCUUUAUAGAUUUCUUUUUUCCCCUCUUAAUUGAGGACACUAAGUCUUCUCAACAUGUUCUUGUUUCUUGUUUUCAAGUCAGCAGGGGGAUGGGUAAAGGUUUAUGUUUCACCAGAUGUAUGGAACAAAAAGGGGAGGUCACUGGGGCUUAUAGUUGUAAACAUAUGUGUAGUAUCAACAAUUUAACGCACUGGGUUCAGUGUUGCAAUUUGGACGACAUGGAUGCUACUUGGAGAUUUAGGUCUCAUGCCUUGAAAUUGUUUCAGUAUAUUAUCCCACUAUUGUAAUGCUUUUUCAAUCUGAGCAAGCUAUUCCAGUUUUAAUUCCUGUUA